AAUUCUUUCUUUUCAAUGUUUUACAGUAAGUUCAGCAUCACCGAGGAAAUUCAAGCUAAAUGAUGGCAAGACAUGGUCUUCACACAGAGCGGGUUCUGGAAAAUGAAGAGGCCCGCAUUCACCACCGUCUAUUUCAAAUUGCUUUGGUGCCAUCCUUGAAACCUCUUAAGUAUAUUGUGACACAAAUGGUAAGAGAGAAAAAUCAAAAUGAAAAUCUCAUUGACUACUUUGACAGAAUUAAUCCUAAAAAUGUAAAAUUUUGUAAGACUCAAAGGGAAACUAUUUUAUCUGACCCUUCAUGCCAUUCUUAUGACAUCACUCUCUGCUUCAAAAUAAUACAAGAAUACUGUGACAAGGUAAAAGGCAAACAUGAUCAAGUUUGGACAACUCCAGGUGACACAUUAGAGUAUUAUAUUACAGAAAUUAAGAAUAAGAGAAAUGAUUUUAUGCAUAAAGUUUACAGAGGUAACAUGGGAAAGUUCGAGCAGAUCGUUCAUGAAAUGAAAUGUCUUCUUAGGAAGACGUGGGAGAAAAUUGCUCAUACAUUUGGAACUGACACUUCGAUGGAUAUCCUGGCAAUGGAAGCAGAUAUCAAAAAGAUAAAAGAGGCUCCUUUUGAAAACAUUCGGGUUUACUUUAGUGAACUGCAAACCACAAUGAUCACUGAUGGUGUUGAAAGCAUGAAAGAAAAUUAUGUGAAUAAUCUUUCUUAUGUUCCAGAUGUACAUUUGUUAGAUAAAAACUUAGGGGUUCGUAGUCAGAUCAAGGUCCUGAAAGUUUUCACAGAAAUGCAGAUAGUAUAUGAAGAGGAAAGAAAGAAUAUAACCAUGGAUGAAUGGUUCAUCGAACUAGAGAAAAUACAUGACAGGCAAAGUAAAAAGAGUCGAUUCCUGCUCGUGGAAGGAGUGGCUGGUGUUGGUAAAACAACUCUCAUCAGGAAACUAGUUCUUGACUGGGCCUCUGGGAGCAGCAACAUUAUCGAUCUGGGCGAUUUUGAAAUACUAAUAUAUAUGCAAUUUAGAGAGAAGCAUAUUAAUUCCAUGGCCCUCUUGUAUACUUCUGUUCUGCCAUUCAUGCGGGGAAAGGUGGACCCCGAAUAUCUAAUGAUGUUAACUGAAGGUAGGAAUGUCGUAUUCGUAUGUGAUGGUCUUGAUGAAAAUAAUCCUCAGUCAAUCCAACUCUUCAAAGAGAUUCUCGAUUAUGGAGCAAAAAUCCCACUGACUGUAGUGUGUACCACACGCCCAAACGAAAUUGAGAAUCUGCUGCUCAUGUUACCUGCUCAGUUUUCUUGCCUACGCCUUCAAGUAUUAGGAAUUCAUGAAAAAAAUAGGCCCGCUUUCAUAAAGAGGUAUUUAGAAGCCCAAAAACCAGAUAUAGAUCCUCAGUCUUUACUUGAUUACUUGAACAGGGUAUCAACUCGUAUGCAGGAAUAUUUGAGAUUUCCUUAUAACCUUAUGUGCCUUGUAAUGCUUUGGAUCCUUAAUCCAGGAGUGAUCAACAGUCUGACGACCGCAACAGAAUUGUUCAUGGUAACACUUAAUGAAACAGAAAAAAAACUAAAGACCAGGCUACUUAAAAAGGGCGCAGAGUUGAGUGAAUUAUCCGAGAACAUAGAUAGCCUUGUUAAUACACUAUAUGACAUAGCUCUCAUUCAUCAUGGAUCAGGUGACAUUAUUCUGACAGAGGAUUCACUGCAAUCAUUAAAGAACGAAUGUUCUUGGCUAAAACUCGGUUGGGGGGACAUAAGUAGUACUUUUUUUACUCAACAUAUUUCCUGGUUAGAUAAUAAAGAAUCUUCAUACAGCUUUCCACACAAUGGCCUGCAGGAUUUUUAUGCAGCUAUGAGCAUCCUGAAGAAAGUAGAGGAUCAUAUACCUGACAAGAAGAAGACAAAAACAGAUGUAAAGAUGGCUCUUAUACGUAAUCACUGUUCCCUAGAUCAAAUCCACUUUAUUCUUAGAAAAGUGGAUGAGGUACUGGACUCCCCUAUGCCAACCAGAAACCUCAGGAGUGUCUUUCAAGAAAUAGCAGCAGAGGUUUCGCCAGAUAUCAGAACUGAUCAACUCAUCAGAAGAUCACAGAAUAUUCUCACACACUUCACUGGUAUUCUCCACUACAGAGGUAAGGCUUUCACAGAGGAGAGGGCUCAAGAGUUAUUCCUGCUGCUUGAAGAGUCAGGGAUUCAAGAUACGGAGCAAUGGCUGGAUCUCUUGGAGCUCACCAAAUGUGAUGAAACACUCUGUAGACUGAUAGCCCAGCAAUUUCCUAUUGGAAAAAGCAUAAAGGUCACAGAUUCCCGCACAGGAGCCUAUACAGCAUUGCUACCUCAUAUCAACAAGAAUAAAGUAAAUAUACAUAUACAAAUUAACUGUGAGCCUAAGCAAGUUUUACAUCUAGAGAAACUUCUACAUCGUGUCCAGGAGAAGCAGUGGAUGUUAAGACUAGUCCUCUACCAUGAGUUCAGGCAGCCGAAGCCUGGAGGAAGCAGCCUGGACGUGGCACUGAAACAAUUGCGAUGUUCGAUGUUAAGGUUUCAAGGACAAAUGAGCCUGACGUUCUUGGAGACACUGCCCAAUACACUACAAGAUCUCCGUUUAUCAGUGGCUAACAGUGAUCAGUAUUUGGCUCUCUCCCUGUAUAUGUCAACAGUAAAGAGUCGGCUUCCACUUUUGGCCAAUUUUAGAUUGCAUAUUCCUGCACGUGUAGUGGACUCGGAGUUACUUCAACCACUACCGGAGGGUCUGAAGUUGGAGUUGAUAAUUAGCAAGGUCGAUAGCGACACGGUCGAAUGGGCGUGUCGAACAGCUUCUGUGCUUCAACCAAAGGAGAGCCGAUAUUGUUUCCUGUCUCUACCUGGUGUUGCCAAGAGCACACUGGUGUGCCACCGCCUGCUGGAGGUCCUCGUCCGAGACGGCGUGCGGAUGGCCAAGGACGCGCUUCUUGUGGUUUCUCCCAAAUUGGAAACAAAAGACGAGAAUCAAAUGAAGGAGAGCUUCAUUGCUCAGCUCGGCUGUCGGUUCCGAUCGUGAGUAGAUAUUCAUCAAUAAGCACACCAAUAAAAUUAAUGAUAGUAAUGAUGUGAAAAAAUACAAAUAUAGUGGUACUGUAAAAAAAAAAAAAA